AUGCCGACGACAAGUGGUUACGCGAUGCCUUUCGGAACCUUUCGCCGUUCAAUAAUGGGGAUUGGAAACGAUCAUAAUCAAGUCUAUUCCAUGGACGUCAACAGCGAUUCCAGUUCUGAAUUCCAUUGUGAACUCGGAUCAUUUGAACACCAAGUCUUCCGCCAAUUCCGCACCCUUUCAGCAGCUUCUCCCGAUGAACUACUUUCUCUCAAUUGGGUAUCCAAAUUAUUAGAUGCUUUCAUAGCUUGUGAAGAAGAUUUCAACAUCAUUCUCUCCACCCACGAAGCAAAUCUCUCAAAACCCCCUUUAGAUAAAUUUCUAACAGAAUUCUUCGAUAGAAGUAUCAGGGCACUCGACAUCUGUAAUGCUAUCCGUGAUGGAAUUGAAAAGAUUCGACUUUGGUAUAAACAUCUAGACAUUGUUUCAAGUGCUUUCGAUUCAAAACCAAGAAACAUGAUGAUUGAAGGUCAAUUUAGGCGUGCAAAAAAAGCUUUGACUGAUUUAGCCAUCAUCAUGCUCGAUGAAAAUAAAGAAUCUGCAUCCGUUUUUUCAACCAGAAACCGAUCUUUUGGGCGUCUAAACAAAGGGAAUAAAGACAAUCAACAAAAAGCAGGACACUCAAGGUCACUUUCAUGGAGUGUCCCUAAUUCAUGGUCAGCAAGUAAGCAACUUCAGUCAAUAGCUAAUGGAUUACUCCCACCUAAACCCCAUGAAAUUUCUGCCACUAAUGGCUUAGCUACAAUCGUUUACACAAUGGGAUUUGUUCUGAUGUUUGUUUUAUGGGCUUUGGUGGCUGCGAUUCCAUGCCAAGAUCGGAAUCUCCAAUUCCAUUUAUCUAUUCCAAGACAAUUCUCAUGGGGGACUCCAUUAAACCUUCUUCACAUCCGAAUCAUGGAUGAAUCCAAGAAACGCGAACGCAAGAACAGUGCUGGGCUUCUUAAAGAGAUUUCCCAAAUGGAAAAGUCAAUUCAUUUGAUCACGGAUUUUGUUGAUUCCAUUCAUCAGUUUCCAUUGACCGAAGAACAGAAAGAAGAAGUGCAAAUGGGAAUUCAAGAGGCGUCUUUAGUUUGUAAUGCAUUAAAGAAUGGAUUGGAUCCUUUGGAACGCCAACUUAGAGAAGUAUUUCGGAAAAUCAUGUCUUGUAGGACUGAAGGCCUUGAAAUCCUUGGAAGGGUAUAA